AUGGAUUAUGACCUGUGUAAAAAUUUCUCUACAGUAAUUGAAAAUUAUCCCGACAAAAUAGACGAUUCUGAAGAAUAUGAUAUUUAUGAUAUACCAGAUAUUGAUGAAUAUUGCCCUGAUGGAGAAUCAGGGGAAGGAAAAUGUAACACUAAGCUCGAUAAAAUAAAUGCUGUAUGCUUAUGGUUGCUCAAUAGUAAUAUUGCUUAUAAGGUUAAUUAUUCAAGUAAAGAAAAGGUUAAAUCGUUUAUUAUAUACAUUAUGAUAUGGUUAAGUUAUAUGUUAAACCUAAAGAAAGAUGGCAAAAUCACCGCAUUAAAAGAUUUUUAUACUAAUCAUAUAGAAAAUAAUCCGAAUUAUGCUAAUUGUAAAAGUGAUGGUAAAGAUUGUAAUAGUACAUUAAAAGAUAAUCUGGGAUAUAAUAAUUUUAAGGAAAUCAUAUUUAAAAAUAUGGAUUUUUCGAAUAUUAAUAUUGAAGAUAUAUCUAAAUUUUAUGAAGCAUUUAAAUUAUUAUGUAAAUUACAUACUGAAUAUGAUGAAGACAAUCUAAAAUGCACGGAAUAUUUGGGAUAUGCAAAUGACAUUGUUGGCAAAUUUAAUGAACUUAAUAGAAAUUCUAGCAUUAGUGGAGACAGUUCAUAUAGUCAAGUAUGGUCUACUUUAUCAACUGAUUAUGAAAAUUUUAAAAAGGAAUAUAAUGUUAAUUGUGAGGGUAUUCCAUUGUUUCCAUCGAUAAAAACAACACAACACGUACAAAGUUAUGAAGAUCAUUCUGAACAUGAUUCUGUACAAAAUUAUGGUGUUACAUCAUCAAGCUUGUCGAUAGUAAAAAAAUUAAUUCUAGCUUUAUCAAUAUUCAGUGCAAUAACAAUCUUUUUGGGAAUUUUUUAUAAGGGUUCGUUAUUUGUAUUACGGAAAAGAGCUCAAAAACAACAUUUAAGAGAAAAGCUAAAAAAUAUAAAGAAGAGAAUGAAUCAUUAA